AUGCUCCCUUUUCUUCUUUCAACAAGAAUUUUAACAAUAGGAAAAUUAUCAACUGAGAGAGCACUGUUCGAUCUUAAAAUUGGAGAAAGUAGUUCAGAAUCAGAUGCAAUUUCAAUUACAAAUGAACAAAAGGGCUUCAUUUAUUGCUUUAAAAGUACCACUGAGCCAACUGAUGAUACAUGCCAAAUCACUGGUUUAACAGCUACAGCUUCUGCCAUUCCAACAAGUGGCAAUGAAUUAACAAUAACCUAUACAAUUAGUUCUCAAAAGAGUUCUAUAGAGAACUUUAAAUUUGGUGUAUCAGCAAUGAUAAAUAUUCCACCAACAGAUGGAACAAACAAAAAUAACGUAUACCGAAUUGAUCAAACCAAGCAAUACUUAAUUUAUAAUCCUGAUUCUACAACUAGAGAUAGAAUAAUCUUUGAUUUUGGCAAUUCACCAGAAGAGAACCAAAAAUUCCCAACAAAUUACGAAUGCUCAACUUCUGAUGGAACUACUGCUAUUGAUCCAUUUAGAGCAGGUUCUUUUACAGAUGUUGAUAACUCGAUAAUUGGUGUUUCUUAUUUUUGGGAGGGUUUAAGUGUUUCAUCAGAUAACUCGGUUACAUUAGUAACAAAAGUUAAAUUAGUUGAAGGAAUACCAAUCACUGCUAUAGUAGAUGGAGCAGUAGAUAAAGGAUCAACAAAACAAGUCACUAUUACACCUCAAUAUCUUAAAUCGCAGACUAAUUAUUACCUUUACUACUCAACGACAGGAGAUGGAUCAUAUUCUCAAGUGACUGAACCUUAUACAUAUACAAGUUCUACCACUUUCGAUUAUACAACAGCACAAUUACAAAAAUCAACAACUUAUUACUUUUAUCUGAGCGAAAAAACUGGUGAUACUUCAAACACAAUAGGUAUUGCCAGUGUUACAAUAAAAGUUAAGCCUUCUGUUGAGAUUCCUGAACAAGCAAAUAACAAAUUUUACAAAUCUCAAACUCUGACAAUUUCUGACAUCAAAAUAUAUGGUGACGGUCAAACAACGUUAGAAAUGUCGUUGACAGGAGAUACAACUAAAGUAACAAAUACAUAUAAUUUAGCAGAUACGAACGGUGAAAAGACAGAUAUUCCGUUUGUAAAGGCUUUGACAGAUUAUAGUGGUGAAAUUAUAUUAACUGCAAAAGUGUCAAACGAUGAUGGCGAAACUUCAAAGACAUUUACAUUUUAUGUUUAUGAUGAUCCAACUGCUACAUGUGCAACAGAUCCAGAAAAUACGUACACUUAUAGUAGUAGUGACGAAACUACAUCAAUAACUAUUAAGUGCACAAUAGCCGAUGAAAUAAUAACAACAGGAAAAUAUACAUAUCAAUUAGGAACAUUUUCAGAAACAACCGAGCAAACUUAUUCAGAAAAUAAAAUUGAAAUAACAAAGACAAUUAAGGAUUUUGGAAUUAAAUAUGAUAAAAAUGGACACACUUUUUCGAUUACAAUUACAAAUGAUAAUACAAAACCAGUCACAGUAACCUCAUCUGAAAUGAAAUUUCAUAUUAAGAACAAGCCUAAAUUAUCGUCAUAUAGCGGUAGCAUAAUUGGAACUCCAACAUCUUCAACAACAAUUAAAUUUAUUUAUAGUGAUAUUGAUGAUGGAAAAGACCUUUACUUGCACUAUAACGAUAAACAUACAGUUGAAUUAAUAAGACAAACAGCUCCAAAAUUAACAUCAAACGGAACAGCUGAACAAGAAUAUUCAUUUGGAUACACAUUUACUCAAGAUACUACCAAGGAUUAUAAGUUUUGGCUUUCAACAACUAGUGAUACUUCAUCAGUGGCUGAUGAUGAUGCAUAUAAAUCUGGUUUUCUUUAUCUUACUUUCACUUCAAGAAGCCUUUCUGAAGUUACAUGUGAAACAACCAAAACCAUUUAUUCAAAUACAGAUACAACAAUAAGGAUCACAUGUGACACCCAUGAUCAAUAUGUAACAAAAGGAAAAUAUAAUGUAACAUUAAAUGCAAAUAGUAAGAAAGAUCAAGAAUACACAGAAACUCCAUUUAAUAUUGAUCUCACUAUCAGUGAGUUUUCACUUGUUUACAAGGAUGGAGGAUAUCCACUUACACUCGAGAUGAUAAAUGAAAACAACGAGCAACUUACCAUUUCAAGUCAAUUGAAUUUUAAUAUUAUGAAUAAACCCAGUAUUGAAUCACCAACAGAUCAAAUUGUUGGAGAAUCAGGGCAAACUAAAAUAAUCACAUUCAAGAUUAAAGAUUUUGAUGAUAGCAAAAAACUUUAUUUGCAUUACAAGGAGAAGAACGUCCAAGAUUCUCCAACAACAACAUAUGAAACGCCAUUCACAUCAAAUGGUUCGCAAGAUGCACAAGAUUUUCAAUUUUCAUAUAUAUUCCCAGCAGAACCCUUAGAUAAAAAUUAUGAAUUCUGGUUUUCGACUAUACAAAAUUUUAAAAAUGGUGAAUCAGAUGUAUUUGAUUCAAAUCAUCAUCCUCUUCGUCUUAUUGGAAGAACUAAACCUACUGUCACAUGUAACUCAAAUAAAGAUACUUAUUCUGAUACAGAAACAAUCACAGUCACAUGCAGUUAUGAAGAUGUAAUAAAAGGAGGUAAAUAUAAAUACACCUUUAAUGGAAAAGAAUCCAGCGAAACUUCAUAUGAAAAUACAAAUACAUUCCCAAUAGAGAUCUCUACUUCCGGUAUUUCAUAUUCAAAAGAUGGUUAUCCACUUGCAAUUACAGUAACAAAUAGUAAUGGCGAAGAACUCCAGGUAACUGGAACAUUGACUUAUUACAUUGUCCAUCAGCCAACUAUUUUAUCAUAUUCAGGAACUACUUUAGGAACACCAGGAUUACAAAAAGCAGCAGUUACAUUUACAAUCAAGGAUAACGAUGACCAUAAAAUUCUUUAUAUGUACUACAAAGAAAGAGAUGUCCAAGGUGCUACAAUAACUAAGCUUCCAGGAAAUUUCGAAUCUAAUGGAGGAAAUAAGCAAACAUAUUCACCAACAAUAACUUUCCCAUCUCCAGCAGGAACAAAAGUUUAUCUAUUUUGGCUCUCAAGAUUCGAUACAUCAGAUACAACUGAUAUUGUCAAAUCAAAUGAUUAUGAAUUAACCCUAAGAUCAAAAGAUCAAAUAACAACGACAAUUGCAUGGCCAACAGAACAAUAUUACACGAAUAAUGAUCAGAUAACUAUUGAUUUAGGAACAAAUUCUAAAUGUACAUUUGAUCUAGUUAAAGAUGAUGGUUCAAAUGAGUCAAUUACAGUUCCAGAAAAUCAAAGAACUUAUAAAUAUACUGUUACAGAUUUAGGAUAUCAAAGUAAUAAACCAUAUACAUUAACAAUCCAGAACUUGAAGGAUAGCGAUGAAAUGGAGAUACAAACAACUUCUACUUUAACAUUUACAUUUUAUUAUAGAACAAAGCCAAAAAUUACAUCAAGUUCUAUUGAACCUCCUUAUUUAACAGACCAGAAAUCAUUUACUUUGAAGACAACUGUUGAAGAUAAAGAUGAAGGCAAAGUUCUUAAAUUGAAACUAAAAAUUGGAACAAAUGAAAUUCAGAUAUCAGACACAUUUACAUAUUCUACCCAAGAUAAUAAUAAAGACUGGACAAUCGAUUUUACAUCAUUAAAUUUAGGCGAAGGAACUCAUCAUCUUGAGUUUUAUUUGAUUUCUGAUGAUUGUCCUGAGGAAACAUGUUCAGCAACAUCUGAUAAUGUUAGAAGAUCCAAUGUUGUUGAUGAUAAAUCAUUCGAUAUUGUUGAUCCAAUUUCAUUCACAAUAACUUCAGAGAAAGAUAAAUCUUAUCAAAGUUCAAAUCCAAAUGGAAUUCCAAUCCAGGGAAGGAUAACUGGUUCCGGAACAAUAACAUUCACUGCUGUUGAUAAUGAUGAGCAUAUAACAGUUGAAGGAACAGUGAGUGAGGUAUCAUCAACAGAAAAGGAAUUUACAGCAACAGUUAAAUAUCCAAAUACUAUAACAUAUGGCAAGAAAACAGUAACAAUUCAAGCAGCUGAUACUCACCAGCAAACAUCUACACAAAAAUUUAGCUUUUGGAUUAAGAAUGUUCCAACAAUUUCUGAUAUUGUAUACACUCCAAAUGCAGUUAAACCAGGUGAUAAAUUCAAAAUUAGUUGCAAAGUAACAGAUCAAGAUAUUGCUAAAGGAAAGAAAUUAAACUUGUUCAUUUAUGAUUCCGAAAACAAGAAAUAUGAAAAAAUUGCUGUUGACCAAAGUGACAAAACAUUGACAUCAAAAGAAUAUCAAUUCAACACAGAAGGAGAAAAACAAUUUAAGCUCAUUUUGACAGAAAAAGAUACAGAACCAACAGACGCAGAUAUUGUUAAAGAGGAACCACUCACAGUAAAAGUUGACAAACCAGAAUCAGGAAAAUCUACACCUGAACCCACAACAGAUCCAGAAGAUCUUAAGGCAAAAGAAAAUGCUGCCAAGAAGAAGAAGACAACAAUAAUUGUUGUCAUUGUUGUAAUCUGCAUAGUUUUGCUUAUCAUUGUAGCUAUCGUUGUUAUAUUGAAGAUGAAGAAAUCAAGUAAUAAGGAUUCAUCUUCAUUCAGCAUUUCCGAUGAUAUUCAUUUCAAUAAUAAUGAGACAAUAUUGGAUGAGGCCAGACCUACCCAUAAUGUUACAAUGCAGAAUCCAUUGUUCUUAACUACAAAUAAUGUUGAGUCGGAUGAAUUAUUUAAUGACGGUGAAUAA